CUUCCGGUCUAUAUACUUUCAAAACAUUGGCCUCCAUUUUGACAAAUAGCUGACACAUCAUCCGGAAAUCUAUUCCAUCCUUACUUUUAUUUCUCAGCGAGAGAACGUUUAUUCCAUGAAGUGAAAGAAGAUAUAUCUCAACAGAGCCUGUUGACAUUAUUUUGGUGCUUUGCUUUUGGAUAUUGGAGAAAAUGAGCUUCCUAUUUGGAAGUCGCAACAACAAAACCUUCAAGCCAAAGAAAAACAUUCCGGAAGGCACCCACCAGUAUGACUUGAUGAAGCAUGCGGCCGCCACCCUGGGGAGUGGCAACCUACGGCUGGCGGUGAUGUUACCAGAGGGAGAGGAUCUGAAUGAGUGGGUGGCAGUCAACACUGUGGAUUUCUUCAAUCAAAUAAACAUGCUGUAUGGAACAAUAACAGAGUUCUGUACAGAAGAAACCUGCCCUGUGAUGUCAGCGGGACCAAAAUAUGAGUAUCAUUGGGCCGACGGCCAAACAGUCAAAAAGCCAAUCAAGUGUUCUGCACCCAAAUACAUAGACUAUUUGAUGACCUGGGUCCAAGAUCAGCUCGAUGAUGAACAUCUGUUUCCUUCAAAAAUUGGUGUGCCAUUCCCCAAGAACUUCUUAUCAAUUGCAAAGACUAUACUGAAACGGUUGUUCAGGGUAUAUGCCCACAUCUAUCACCAGCACUUCAAGGAGGUGGUCCAGCUCAGCGAGGAGGCCCACCUCAACACCUCCUUCAAACACUUCAUUUUCUUUGUGCAAGAGUUUAACCUGAUUGACAGGCGAGAACUGGCCCCUCUGCAGGAGCUGAUAGAUCGGCUGACGAGCAAGGAUAGGCCGUAGGCGUGAUUGUGUGUUGAGAUGGAAUGAAAUGGAGAGGAAGUGGUUAAAGAAGAAGGGGAGAAAAAAGGCGUCCACUGUUCUACAGCAAUAAAUUUUUAUAGCACGUUGAAGAGAAGUUUGCUUUGUUGUGUAGAUCGUGUUGACUGGUGCAAGUACAGUUAAACUGUAAUACUAUUGCAAUCUCAAGAUCAAAUGCUUCAUUUCGCAUCAAAUGAAGAUGAAAUGCAACGGAACUGUUUGUUUUUAAGACUGAUUCGGAUGUUUUGAAUGGCUUAUGCACUUUCAUCCAGCCUUUUGUGUUUGACUUUUAUUUUCAUUUAACUGUAUUUAUGCCAUCAUUAUGAACUGCUGCAUUUUUUAAAAAAUCUUGCACUUACUGUGCAUUUAACAGCCGUUGCUAAUUUGCAUAAAUUCUGUUCAUCAUCUUUGUGACUUUUUUUUUGUAUUCUCAUAAUCAUGUAUAGCAUUAUUUGUUUUCAAAUUCAUUUCAUAUAAUCAUUCCAUUGAAUAAGUAGAAGUCAUUUUUCAAUUGUAGAGUAUGUAUUUAUGUUUGUAACCUUGUCACAAUACCAAAGUUCUUGAAAAGUGCUUGUAAAACUGUUACAAGCUUCAGAUAUUGUAACAUAUUAUUGUUUUUAUUGUACAUCUGGUGCGAUUUUAAUUUUUUUCCUCACAAUAAUUAUGUUAAUAACCAGAGCUUAGAAUGACAAAAAAGUGCUGCCUGAGAGGAUCAAAAGAUAUCGGUAAGAUUUUUAAAUGUGCAUAAGGAAUAUUGAGUCACUUACAUUCAACUUAAGCAUAUUUCCCAUGACCAGGAUGGGAUAAAUUUCUCUUAUGAAUUUGGUUUGCCAUGUAAGCUGGAAAUCUGAGAUCAAGGUGAAGACAUGGCUUCAAGUCAAUGAAAGAAUUGGCUAUUCUAAAUUUAAGUGCUUGAUCAGAAGUGAAAACAUUUGAAAUUGUUUUCCAUCUACCAUUUUCAUUUUCAGACCAGUAAAUUUUGAUUUAUACUGUUACCUUUCCUGUUACUUACUAGUGCAAGUAACCAGUAGAAAAGCAAAAGCCUCAAACUGAAAUUACUACUAUUAUUUUCAGUCUUUUGACAGACACCAACCUCUAUGUAGCACGUGUUUGUUAAAAAAAUUGACAGUGUACUUUGGAUAACUUCCAAGUUGUUUGCAUACCAGGAAUUUUAAAAUUUAACAUGGGGUUGUGGUGGAAGAUAAAAUGCCUGUUGAGAAUGUUACAUGACCGUUAGUUUAACAUGCAACAGCUUGAAAUUACUGGGGGCCAUUUUCACAGAAGAGUUGUACACCUGGAAUAUGGCUUAAAUUCAAACCAAAAAUUUCUGUCUACUUUAAACAAAAGUAAACUUAUAGUAGUCCACUUGUAUGCACUAUGGCUUCUGUUUUUAUGUAAAUGAUACGCUAGAACAACAGUUUAUUAUAGUGGACCAGUAUGGGUUUAUCCUGAAUAAAAGUAGACUAAAGUUAGAACCUUAAAGUUAUAAGAACAGCAGCUUACAUGAGAUUGAAUGAGGAACUAGCAGGGUUAACUCGGACAUGAUUCGAAUAAAUAACAAGGAUAAAUUAUAAACACUGGACAAACAUUUCAAAAAGCUCUGUAAGCUUUCUUCUGCAACUGCUGUCAUUGUUCACACAGUUUGGUGCCCAGUUGUUUAUGAAGGCUACAAAUUGUCUAUAAACUUGGAUAAAUUACACAAAGAUAUUGUCAUCAUCCAUGUUAAAAAUUGGCAUGUUACUAGUCUUACUAUGGUUUGGAAGUUGAGUAGUGGAUAAUAGUUUAAAAAAUACAUGUCCGCUAAGAGUUACGUCCUUUUAAGUGCAAGUCGGUGUUUUAUAAACAUUGAAAAUGUAGUCUUUCAUAACUUUGAUUGUGAUCAAAAAAUCAUGCGAAGUCUAAUGUUCCUUUUUUAUGGAGGAGGUAAUAUUCAAUUUUCACAACAUUCAUUACUUAAUUUAUUAUAAAUAUAUGUAGGCAUGUGCUUUGUUAUGUUUCAGUAUUGCAUGAGGAGUCUGACAUGUGAAAUAAGUUUUGAAGAGAUAUGGUGUGGCAAUGGUUGCUGAGCAAUAAUAUAACAUCUGUGGUGACAGGGUCUUCGUACAACAUGGUUGUUCAUGUUCAUUAUGUGAGGUACUAUAGGUGGUCUUGUGAACCGCAUUGUUACAUGUGUCACUAGUUGUUAUUCAAUGCAUCUUUUAGGUAUGUUUCAUAAUAAAUGAAUUAUUAUGGACAUUGA